AUGGGCGCGCCGGCGGCGGCGGCGGCGGUGCUGCUGGUGCAGCUGUGGGUGCGCGUGGAGCUGGACAGGCUGGGGUGGCCGGAGAAAGAAACGCUGUUUCCAGGGCCCUGUGGCCGCCGGACCGUGGGGACGCGCGUGGUGGGCGGCAAGGACGCCGCGCUCGGGCGCUGGCCCUGGCAGGGCAGCCUGCGCCUGUGGGGCUACCACGCCUGCGGCGCCAGCCUGCUCAACCGGCGCUGGGUGCUCACGGCGGCGCACUGCUUCGAGAGUAACCAGUACCCCGGCUCGUGGACAGUCCAGUUUGGCGAGCUGACCGCCGCACCAAGCUUCUGGAACCUGCAGGCCUACCGCAACCGUUACCAGGUGGGGGAGAUCGUGCUGAGCCCCCAGUACCUGGGGGCGACAGCCUUUGACAUCGCCAUGCUGCGGCUGACCUCGCCCGUCUCCUACUCCAAGUCCAUCCAGCCCAUCUGUGUCUUCGCCUCUUUCAAAGAGUUCCAGAACCGGUCUGACUGCUGGGUGACCGGCUGGGGGGACAUCCAAGAAAAUACGGACCUGCCGUCUCCCUACUCCCUCCAGGAGGUGGAGGUCGGCAUCAUAAACACCAGCAUGUGUAACCACAUGUUCUCAGAGCCUUCUUUCCGUCACAACAUCUGGGGAGACAUGAUCUGUGCUGGCGACGACAAAGGCGGCAAGGACGCCUGCUUCGGUGACUCAGGCGGACCCUUGACCUGCGAGAGGAAAGGGCUGUGGUAUCAGGUUGGAGUUGUGAGCUGGGGAGUGGGCUGUGGUCGGCCCAACCGCCCAGGCGUCUACACCAACGUCAGCACUCACUUCAGAUGGAUGCAGAGGCUGAUAGCCCGCGGCAGAAUCCACAGGCCGUCCCCCUGGCUGGUGCUGCUGCUCCUGCUCCUGCUCUGGACGGCCUCGUUCCUGCAGCCCAGCCUCCCGUCCUAA